CUCAGAAGGCAGCGGUGUUGGAGACAGGAAGCCGUGUGCACAGCGCGGCCUCUUGUGGCUGCAGCGCCCUGAUUGAGUGACUCAGUGGUACACAUGGUCAUAGGAGUUGUGCAUGUGUUGAAGCGGGUCUGGAAGAGAUGGCGGUCAGUGCCGGAGAAUGGUGUCUGAUGGAAAGCGACCCUGGGGUGUUUACUGAGCUCAUCAAAGGCUUUGGCUGUCAAGGAGUUCAGGUAGAAGAAAUUUGGAGUUUAGAACAAGAACACUUUGAAGAUCUAGAGCCUGUACAAGGUUUAAUUUUCCUUUUUAAAUGGCAACAAGGGGAAGAGCCAUCUGGAUCCAUAGUGCAAGACUCCCGACUGGAAACAAUAUUUUUUGCGAAACAGGUAAUAAAUAAUGCAUGUGCCACACAAGCAAUUGUAAGCAUAUUGCUAAACACAACCCAUCCUGAUGUAAAUUUAGGAGAAACACUGUCUGAAUUUAAAGAAUUCACCCAAACUUUUGAUGCAGCUAUGAAGGGCUUGGCAUUAAGCAACUCUGAAGUAAUUCGCCAAGUACACAACAGCUUUGCAAGGCAACAAAUGUUUGAAUUUGAUGCAAAGUCUUCAGCUAAAGAUGAUGAUGCUUUUCACUUUGUCAGCUAUGUCCCUGUAAAUGGAAGAUUGUACGAGUUGGAUGGUUUGAGGGAUGGACCAAUCGACCUUGGUCCAUGCAAUCAGGAUGAUUGGAUCAACGUUGUUAGACCUGUGAUAGAGAAACGAAUGCAAAAGUAUUGUGAAGGGGAGAUACGAUUCAAUUUGAUGGCAAUUGUUUCAGACAGGAAGAAAAUAUAUGAAAAGAAAAUUUCUGAAUUACAGGAACAGCUUUCAGAGAUUGAACCCAUGGAAACUGACCACAACAGUUUGGUAAACUCAAUUCAGUCUGAAAUAGCUAAAUACCAACUCCUGCUAGAAGAAGAACAACAGAAGACUAAAAGAUAUAAGAUUGAGAAUAUUAGAAGGAAGCACAACUAUCUUCCAUUCAUCAUGGAAUUGUUGAAAACAUUAGCAGAGCAUCAGCAGUUAAUACCACUCGUAGAAAAAGCCAAAGAAAAGCAAACAAGAAGACUACAAGAAGCAAAAUGAUGAAUCUUGCUUGGCAAAUAUAGUGGAGAAAAGAAAUGUCAUGAUUCUACUGUACCUUUUGUUGUGAUAGAA